GCUCUGAUACCUCAGAAAAAUUUGCUAAUCUGUGUGCUGCAGAGAGAGAGAGAGAGAGAGACCAUCCACGUGUGUCAACGGUGCCCAUGAACGGCAAUGGCUAAAUCGAGCUGCCCAGAGCACCAGAGAGAAGUGACUGAGAUUGAGAGAGUAGCCCGCUUCUUAGCUGAUAGCCGGCGAAAAUGGUGGCAGCCGCUGCCAUAGCAGCUCCUUCUCUUUCCCUCCCCAAAUCCGAUUUCCUGCAGAAUGCUGCCUUCGUCAACAACCCCUCUUCCCAGUUCCUGGUUGGCGUCUCGAAGAAUGGUCCUUUGCAUCCCAAGGUAAGCUCGAAAAGGAGAGAAGGUGUAAACGUAGUCGUUGCCGCAGCAAGUAGCAACACCAGCAGCAGAUUCUACCUCAACUUCACGGGGUUUCCUUUUCCCUUAGGCCCUUUCCUCAAUCGAAGAACAAUAAGGAGUGAGGUUGUCAAGGGAUGCAUAUGGACAUUUGAGCAGGAGCAAGCAUUAGGUUUCAGCAGUGUCUCUACGAAUAUCCGAAUGACAGCCAUCAAGCUUAAGUCUGGAGGGUUAUGGAUACACGCUCCUAUCGCCCCAACUAAAGAAUGCAUUGAGCUUGUAAAGGACUUGGGUGCUCCUGUAGAAUACAUUGUUCUCCCAACAUUUGCUUAUGAACAUAAAAUCUUUGUGGGGCCAUUUUCUAGAAAGUUUCCCAAAGCAAAAGUGUGGGUUGCUCCAAGGCAGUGGAGCUGGCCAAUCAACUUGCCACUUCAGUUCUUUGGGAUAUUUGGUGCCAAAACCCUACAGGAUGAGGACAUGUCCACACCUUGGUCUGAAGAGAUUGAGCAGAAGGUUCUGAGCUCCCCUGAAGUAGGGAUUGGUCCUUAUGUGGAGGUAGCAUUUUAUCACAAACGUUCAAGGACGCUUCUUGUGACUGAUGCUGUAAUUUUUGUACCAAGACAGCCUCCUGAAUGCAUUAGUACAGAAUCACUUUUGGAAUCUGCAAAGAAUGGUCUAGCUGUGAAGCUCCUCAGCAAAGGAAAAGAUGUACCCGAUGAACCCAUAGUGGACAAUAAUUUAAAUAGACAAAAAGGAUGGGAACGAAUGGUUCUUCAGAUAUUGUUCUUAGGACCUUCCAACCUGUUGGAGCCAAAUGCGACAUUUGCCCAAAUGUCCCAAAAGCUGAUAGUUUCACCAAUCGUGAAAACCUUAGUUUUCAGUAAAGUUCCAGAGAAGGUCCGAGAUUGGAUUGACCGCAUUGUUAGAGAUUGGCAGUUUAAAAGAAUAAUCCCUGCCCAUUUUGCUGCUCCCGUUAAUGUGGGCAGGUCAGAUUUGUUGGCGGCAUUUGCAUUCCUUGAUGAUCUUUUGGGUGAACGUUACGUAACAAGGCCAUCCUUGUCUUUACUUUUUACAUCUCUGAUGGGCAGAGCAGCUAGUUAUUUUCCUCCUGAUGAUAUGAAGACUUUAUCUUCUCUCGAUGGGUUUUUGGUUUCUGUUGGAGCUGUGAAGAAGACCGUUUCUGGCAGGAAGUAGUAGACUGCAGUUUGUACAUUCAUUUGUAAUCUAGGUAAAAUAUGUAAAGCUUAUCUCUUCUUCUGUCACUCUUCAUUCCUUGAUGAUUGUAGGACUUGUUAGAAUCCACUCAUAUGCAAGACAUUUUAUUCCGGAUAUUGCAAUGGGUUGGAAGCUUGAAUGAAUGAAAAUCCUGUUUCAGCAUGUCCAUGCCCACAGGCUACUACUUUUGGUCAGAUGCACUUAUAAGAAAAUAUAUGGUAGCAUAUUUUUGCA